AUGGAUAGAUGGUUUUUUCCCAACACUAAUCACCUGAAGCAGCAAAUUGAAACACAUGAAGAAAGCAUGACGCAUAAAGAAGCUACGAAGCACUAUGCCCAGAUAAAAGCAGGCAAGGGAGUCAGCAUGCUUAAUGAAGCUGGAAUUGCAAAAGCCAAGAAUUUCUGGCGUGAGGUUUUACACAGAAUAAUAGUAAUCAUAUUGACUUUAGCCAGUCUGUCUCUGCCUUUACGGGGACACAGGGAAUUUGUCGGAAACGGAAAAUGCGAAGGAGGCAAUUUUCUUGGUUUGGUUAACAUGCAGUUGAAAGUAGGUGAUGGUGAUCCUUACUUUAGAGAGCUUGUUGAGUCUAAAUCUCACAAAUGUAGAUAUUUAUCUCCGAGUAUCCAAAACGAAAUAAUUGAAAUUCUUGGUAAUGCCACUCGACUCAAACUCGUUGAUAAAAUAAAAACUGCCCCCUGUUAUACUCUUAUUUUUGACACUACAAGCGAUAUCUGCCGGGUGGACCAAAUCUCAAUUGUGGUAAGAUGGGUAGACGUUGAAGCUGCAGAAGCUGUUGAGACGUUUUUGGGGUUCCUUCCUGCCAAACAAGGAGGAACUGCCAAAGCGCUAACAGACACUGUUCUCGACUAUUUGCGACAUAUAACUUUGGAUCCCAAACGAAUAAGGGGCCAGGGAUAUGACGGAGCAAGUGUAAUGAGUGGAAGCAAAGGAGGUGUCAACAUACUAAUCUCAAAUUACCUUAAAAGUGAAGGAGUAACAUCACCUGCUCCGUUUGUUCACUGUGCUAGCCAUAACCUAAACCUUGUUUUAAAUGAUGCUGUUGAAUGCAAUGCUGAUAGCAUCAACGUUUUUUCUGAUCUUGAAGAAAUUUAUAACUUUUUUAACAAAAGCAUCAAUCGAACAGCGGAGCUUAACAGCGCUACAAGUGUUGAUAACUCUGCUGAACUCAACGUGAUCAAUGAAUUCAUGGACAGUGUGGUGUCUGACAGUGACAGUGACAAUUCUGACGACACUAGCAUUAAUUCCGGCUCAAUCACCCCCAAAAGGAAGAGGAGGAAUGGUAAAAAUAAGUUGACACUGAAGAAACUGUGUGCCACCAGAUGGUCGUCAAGAAUUAACUCUGUAAGAGCAGUAAAGAAUCGAUAUGGUGAUUUGCUCCAUGUGUUGAACAAAUUGAAAGAAAAGAAAGGAAAAGAUAAUGCCAAAGAGCGGGACAAAGCAGGAAAUUUGCACCGCCAAAUGAACAGAUUUGAAUUCGUGAUCAUGCUCAUUAUAUGGGAAAAGUUACUGACAGCAAUUCAGAUCGCCUCAGCAGACUUACAGUUAAUGAAAUUGGACUUAUGUAAAGCAGCUAAAGAAUUAGAGAGGGCCCUGUGUAAAGUAAAAGGCAUGCGAGACAAGUGGAAUACGAUCAAAAUGGAAGCUGUGAAAUUUGCGUUGAAAGUCGAUGUCUCGUUUACUUUUACAUUUAAGAGAGUAGGCCGUGUUCCUCGAUUCUUUGAUGAAUUUGCGUCAGACACCAGACCACAGGACCCUGAAGAAAGAUUUACUGUCGAGAUGUUUUACCGAGUGAUCGAAACUGCAACCACUCAAUUAGAAGAACGCUUCAAGAGCCAGGACUUUGUUGCCAACGCCUUCAAGUUCGUACUUCCUGGAAAUCUUGCAUCUUUAGACAUCACAGAGAUGCGCAAGUCUGUUAACGUAUUAGUUAACGAAUAUAUAGGAGACAUAUGCAAAGAUGGCGUUGAGGUAGUAGAUUACACAGCUGAUCUUAUGGGUGAAAUUGAAUCGUUUCGCUGUGUUUCGGAAAGCAAUUGA